AUGGAAACCAAGGAAAUAUCUUACGAUCAUGACGAAAACACUGAGGAUGAACGUAUGAUCACACCUGUGUGGAAAUUCAACGUGUUUCUAGAUAAAAUCAGCCAAUCAAUCAGUGACGAGGAAAUUGCCAGAAUGAAAAAUUUUUGUGCAGAAGGUGAUUUGGGCAGAUCGGCGUUAAACAAAGCAAAAACAGCAGCGUCGUUUUUCCAGUUGCUCAGAGAUAUGACAUUCCUAAACAGCAACAACCUUCUUCUGUUACAAGCUAUGCUUUGGCAUAUUGGCAGGAGAGAUCUUCACCAGGAAAUGGUUUUAUACGCACAGGAAUGCCGAAAAGAGCCAUUGCAUUUCUUUACACCAAAAGAAAAACCAGCAAACGGAUACAGGUACGUGAAAUUCCAUGUUCGAGGUUCUGAAGACAACAGGCAACAGAUGGAAAAUCUCCGAGGACAUGUGGCUGCAUUGUUGUGUGUUAAACAAACGGAAGUCAUUCUUGCUGGUCACAGUCCUUCAAACAGCAGCAUACUCACAUUCAUGGUCCCUGCAGCAGCUGUCAAUGUUCUCCAUACUUUAACAGACAUGGACAAAAACAUCUUUUUAGCAAUGAAAGUUGAUUAUAUCUUGUUAGAUGAUGACACUAUAUCAAUCGUCGGAGAAGAACAGAGGUCUACUGCAAUUUCCGAGAAGAAAGAAGUUGCUAAACUCUUUCAAGAAAACGAGAAGCUUAAAUUACAGAUAGAUAAAGCACAAUCCUGUCUCGUGGAGCGCACAGAAGAACUUCGAAUAGCAAAGGAAAAUGAAAAAUAUAUGCAAAGAAGCAAAGACCAAGCUAUGAUGGCCUGUCUGACACUCUUGCACAACCAUCGCCCAGUUACCCGUCUCGUCGACUCUUUGGUAAGCAAGAGCGCCUUUGUGUACUUCAAACACUGCCUUCAACAGUUCCAGGAAAAGUUUCCAGGGGAAAUGGAUACCAUUGAGAUACUAUUAGAGGCAAAAGAGUUAGUGGCUUGCAAAACUGAGAGGGAAAUUUGGAAACAACGUGAAAAAAGUCUGAAUCUGAUGAUUGCUUUCGGAAGGAACGAGCUCGAAAUGCUACGGAAUGUGAUGAUGGCUAAUGUUCAAGGAGUACAUCACAACUCCCAUCUGAAAAUGGGCGGGGCGGUCGUGCAGCAGAUGACAGAAACGAUAGAAAUCGGUUUCAGCGUUCCAACAGCUGAAGUACGACGGACUACAGCACCAGUACACACCAACACGUUAUAUGAAACCAGAGCAGUAACAAAAGCAACGGAACGAAUAUCAAAGAUGCUCGGUAAAGAACAAAGGCAAAGCAUCUUUCGUCUUUUACAACUUGGAAAAAGGCGACGAAAAUCCUUGCAGCACGCAAAUGAUUUUCUUAUGAAACUUUACAAAAUGCAGUCACGCCAAGACACGAUAUUUGACUUCAUUCUGGAGACAAUACACCUAUUAGAUGACCGGACUCUAGAAGCAAGGGUUUUUAAGAUAAUAGAUGAUGUUCAAAAAGAAUGUGAUCAACACGAGGCAGCGAUUCGCCAAGGCCGCCCAGUGAAUCAACAGGUCAGAUUCACCCAAGGGCUGCAGAAACGUUCUAUGGAACCGGAAGCUCUGAUGAGAUUACACAACGAUCCGAAGAAGGCGACGGAGUGCGUUGGUUAUCUGCAGGAGUUAGCAAAAGCAGUGGAAUUGUAG